GGCCACGCCCAGCUCUACGGCUUGGGUUACAGCGUCUUCCGCGUCUUCGGCGCCUGCCCUACCGACGACGAAGUCCGCGCCGACCUCCAAAUCCUCCUGCGCUACAGCCGCCGCGUGCGGCUCUACAGCACCGAGUGCGGCAACGUGAUGGACAUCGUGCUGGCCGCGGCGUCGCGCGGCGAGCUGGCCGUGCUGCUGGGCGUCUGGAUCGACAACAGGGCCACCGACCAGAAGGAGGUGGACGACCUGGUGGUGUACCUGGACCGGUACCCGACCGCCGACGUGGAGGGCAUCGUGGUGGGCAACGAGGCGCUGUUCAGGAACACGCUUACGCCGUCCCAG